AAAACCGCUAUCAAAAAUACCUUUCAAACACAGCCUUUCCCAAGCUUCGAGAACCCCGUGGUGUCCUGUAUAUGUGUGUGUGUGUGUGUGAGUAUAUAUGUAGCAUUAUCAUCCUCUAUUCAAACCAGUCUUGGUUAUUCAUCAUUAUCAUUAUUAGUCUAAGUAAAAAAAACCACAGCGAGUGAGAGUGUGAAAGAGAUUCAAUAUGUCUUCCGAUAAGGUCGUAGAGACAGUGAUAGUAGGAAACUAUGUAGAAAUGGAGACCGAAGGCAAACCCAAGACCAUCAAAACUAAGCUCUCUCAGUUCUUUUGGCAUGGUGGUUCUGCUUAUGAUGCUUGGUUUAGCUGUGCUUCUAACCAGGUGGCUCAAGUUCUGCUUACUUUGCCAUACUCAUUUUCUCAGCUAGGAAUGCUCUCUGGCAUACUUUUCCAGCUCUUCUAUGGCUUAAUGGGAAGCUGGACAGCUUAUCUCAUUAGCAUUCUUUAUGUAGAAUACAGAACCAGAAAAGAAAGAGAAAAAGUUGAUUUCAGAAACCAUGUUAUUCAGUGGUUUGAAGUUCUUGAUGGUCUACUUGGAAAACACUGGAGGAACGUGGGGUUGGCAUUUAAUUGCACUUUUCUUCUGUUUGGAUCUGUCAUUCAGCUAAUAGCUUGUGCAAGCAACAUAUAUUACAUAAAUGAUAAUCUGGACAAGAGGACUUGGACUUACAUCUUCGGAGCUUGUUGUGCAACCACUGUCUUUAUUCCUUCUUUUCACAACUAUAGAAUAUGGUCAUUUUUAGGCCUCCUCAUGACCACCUACACUGCUUGGUACCUAACCAUUGCCUCCCUCGUCCAUGGCCAGAUUGAGGGAGUUAAGCAUUCUGGUCCAACCAAGCUGGUGCUAUACUUCACCGGGGCCACAAACAUUCUCUACACAUUCGGGGGACAUGCUGUUACUGUGGAAAUAAUGCACGCUAUGUGGAAGCCCCAGAAGUUCAAAGCAAUAUACUUGCUGGCUACACUGUAUGUGCUGACACUGACACUCCCGUCGGCAGUGGCAGUCUAUUGGGCCUUUGGAGACAUGCUUCUCAACCACUCCAACGCUUUUGCUCUCCUUCCUAAAUCCCCUUUCAGAGACAUGGCUGUCACUUUAAUGCUCAUCCACCAGUUUAUUACAUUUGGGUUUGCAUGCACACCAUUAUAUUUUGUUUGGGAGAAAGCCAUUGGAAUGCAUGAGUGUAAGAGCUUGUGCAAGCGUGCUGCGGCGAGGCUGCCUGUGGUUAUUCCUAUCUGGUUCUUGGCCAUAGUCUUCCCAUUUUUCGGACCCAUCAACUCCACCGUUGGAUCACUCCUCGUUAGCUUCACUGUGUAUAUCAUUCCUGCUUUGGCCCACAUUUUCACCUUCAAAUCAGCUGCUGCCAGAGAGAAUGCAAUGGAGCAGCCAUCGAAGUACUUCGGAGGAUGGGUGGGAGCCUACACCAUCAAUGUGUUUGUGGUUGGUUGGGUAUUGGUGGUUGGGUUUGGAUUCGGUGGAUGGGCGAGUAUGACAAACUUCAUACACCAGAUUGACACCUUUGGACUUUUCACCAAGUGUUAUCAAUGCCCACCUCCAACACUUCAAUCUCCUCCGCAGCUCCUAAACGGCACCGUUGCUGCUGCUCCUCCUCCUCUUCAUCAUCCCAACUUGCACACUCAUAGCCCUUAGAUAUUGGGCACCCAAUUUCACUUUUUGGCUGAUGGCGGAGUUUUGUUGCUCCUCAAAAGUGGCUUCACUCUUGCUUGGACUUUAAUUGGAAAAAAAAAUCAUAAUAAUAAAAAAAAUGGAAUUUUGGGACUGUUUUAAUUGAACUCUCAAAUACAUCUAUGCCCAAAAUGCCAUUUCAACCCAACAAAGUACACACUCUUUUCCUUUUUUUUUUUUUUUGGGGGGGUUGGGUCUCUGUAUCUUUCACUGUCGUUUCAGUUUAGCUUAGUUUAUGAUGAGUUAAAUCAAAAAAAAGAAAAAGAAGAAGAAAAGAGAUAAGAGAUGUAUUAAAUA